AUGGGUCUAAAGAGUGAAAGAGGAGAAACACCAGCCAAGCGGCAGAAGAAGAAAAAUGACGCUAAAACUUCAACACCUAAACUUGCAGAGAAAAGGAGGACAACAAUGAAUACACCAAAAGGAGCGUCCUUGAAAGAAUUAGAAACUAGUGUUACACAUUCCCCAACAUUAAGGAAGACAACAACUGAGGAGAUGAAGGCUAAAGUGAUGUUUACUGGAGUGGUAGAUGAACAGGGAGAAAAGAUUGUAAAAGAAUUAGGUGGAGACCUUGUGAGCUCUGUAACUGAGUGUACUCAUCUGGUGACAGACCAGGUGAGAAGAACAGUUAAGUUUCUAUGUUGUUUGUCACGAGGGAUACCUAUUGUGUCACCACAGUGGCUAGUUUCAAGCAAAGCAAGUGGUUUCUUUCUUGAUCCAUUAAAUUUUCUGGUGAAAGAUGAAGCAUCAGAGAGGAAAUACAAGUUCAGUUUAGAACAUUCCAUAGAGAAGGCAGCUAAGGAGCCAGUGUUCACUUCUUUCACUUUUAAAAUUACAAAAUCUGUGAAACCAGAACCACAGCACAUGAAAGAUAUUUUAAAGUGUGCGGGUGCAUUGAAGUUUAUAGAUAAGAUGCCCAAUAGUCCUGCGUCUCCACUGACUGUAGUUAUCUCAUGUUCUGAUGAUCAAGACGAGUGUGAACCAGCAUAUAAAGUGGGAAUACCAGUAGUGACAGCCGAAUUUGUACUAACUGGAAUACUUAGACAAAAAGCAGAUAUAAAUUUAUUUAUGCUGGAGAAGAAGGGAAAUGGAAACAAUAAACAGGCAUCUAGUCAGGAGACAUCAAAGAAGAGGAAAAGAUGAAAUUAACUUAAACUUUUCACACUAUAUGUUCUGUAAUGUGAAAACAGUCAAUACACAAGACAUGAAAACAUUGGUGCAUUUGCAGGGAAUCGAUAUUAAAACUUGAUGAGUACUGUACCUGUAACAUGUGUUUUUAUUUACAUUAUACAAAAUGAGAAACUGUUACAAUAAAAUGGUUUUAAAAUGUUACUAUAUUGACAGUUAUACAGGAGAAUAUUAUAAAAGGUUGCUGCAUAAGUAACAUGGUAUUGAAUCAAUUAAACAUGUUGGAAACAUGAUAGGAGUAUGUUGCAAGAGGAAAUAACCAUUUAUUGCACUAUUUUUCUAUGGGACCAGAUCAAAUGUUUAGACUGAAAGUGUUCUAAAUAUCAGCACAAAAUUGAACACUUUUGACAAUCUGUCAGGAACAUUCUGGACAGAAUGACUUUGUGCCUUACAGCAGGGAAUUCAUUGUAACUUUUAUUACACACCACUAGUAUAUAUUUCAUACUGCAUUAAAAC